UUUGUUGGUGCGAGGCUGACUCCACAGAUGGCCCAUAGAUAGCGAUUCCAGCCCAAAAGGACCCGGACGGCACUCCACCAGAGCCUCCACCAGAGCCUCUACUAGAGUCCUCGCCCGAGUCUCUACCAGCGAAACGCAACCAGUAAAACUCCAUCUCCAUAUCAGCCCAAUCCAGCUGGCCCAACUUAAUAUGUUCUAUUUUCCAAUUUUCUGUUCACUUUUGUUCUCCAGGCGUUAUCAAAACGUUUUCCGCCGCACACAUCAAAUUUCAGCAUCUAUUAGCACACGUUUUCUUCUGCACCCACCAUGUCUGAAAGAGAGUCCGACGCCCCCUCGUCUGGGCCGGGCGCCUCCAAGUCUCACCUCACUCACCAGCUUCAGCAGAAAAUCAACCAGCCAAUGUCUCCUUUGUCGCUUUCCGACACCACCCAAUUUCCUGGUGACUCUGACUCCGACAUCUCUUCCAAGAGAAAGCCUUCUCUUUUGAGUAUCCACCAGCCGUUGGCGUCUCCCGCAACAGAAAAGGCCAUCGCUUCCAUUGCUCCCAUGCUUGAAAGCUUUGCUCCCAAAACCUCGGCCGAAGACUCUGGCGGUCUCGAUCCCCACGAUGCCUCCCCAGUCAACCUCGCUAUUUUGGAGCACGAGUCGUUGCCCUCCGACAGUGGCGACAAGUUGACCGCAGACAACUUGGAGUUCAACGACUCCAAGGCCAGAUCUGACUCGUCGUCCUCCAGUAGCGCCCUCCACGAGCACCACCGAUUGCUGAAAACGGUGUCCAACUCCUCCAACACCUCCAGAAAGUCGGGCAUCAAGGAGCCCUACGGGCCCAGACUUCCCAAGAUCGGCAAGAUCGGAGUCUGUGCCAUGGACGCCAAGGUCAUGUCCAAGCCGUGCAGAAGAAUCCUUAAUCGUUUGAUCGAAAAUGGCGAGUUCGAAACUAUCAUUUUCGGUGACAAGGUCAUUUUGGAUGAAGCCAUUGAAAACUGGCCCACCUGUGACUUCUUGGUCAGUUUCUUUUCCACUGGGUUUCCCCUUGACAAGGCUAUCUCUUACGUCAACUACCGUAAGCCUUACAUCAUCAACGAUUUGGUUUUCCAGAAAGCCCUUUGGGACAGAAGAUUGGUGUUGAACAUCUUGAACCACGCUAGCGUUCCUACCCCAGACAGAUUGGAAAUCAGCAGAGAUGGUGGUCCCCAUAUUGAAGAUGAAUUAAGAGAAAAGUUGAGAGCAGCUGGUAUGUCAGAACAACAAUUGACCAGUUUAACCGACCAAGACGAACCAGACUGGGAGAUGGUUGACGAAGAUACCCUCAGAGUUGGUGACAAGAUCUUGCACAAACCAUACGUUGAGAAGCCAGUCGACGGUGAAGAUCACAAUGUCUAUAUAUACUACCCCAAAUCAACCGGUGGAGGUGGUAGAAGAUUGUUCAGAAAAAUAGGUAACAAAUCGUCUGAGUUUGAUCCUGACUUAAGUACUCCAAGAACUGAAGGUUCCUACAUCUAUGAAAAGUUCAUGGACACCGACAAUUUUGAAGAUGUGAAGGCUUACACUGUGGGGCCCAAGUUCUGCCAUGCUGAAACCCGUAAGUCUCCUGUCGUUGACGGUAUUGUCAGACGUAACACCCAUGGUAAGGAAAUCAGAUUUAUCACGGAAUUGAGUGACAAGGAAAAGACGAUGGCCAGAAACGUCUCCGAAAUUUUCAAGCAAACUAUCUGUGGUUUUGAUUUGUUAAGAGUGAAUGGCGAAUCAUAUGUUAUCGAUGUCAAUGGGUUCUCGUUUGUGAAGGACAACAAUGAAUACUAUGAUUCUUGUGCUAGUAUAUUGAGAGAUCUCUUCAUUCAAGCGAAGAAGAGCCGUGACUUAUUGAAAACGACUAUUCCUCACCUGUCAAAGUUGCUCAACAAGAGUCAAUUCGAAGAAAAAGAACAGAAAUGGGUUUUCAAAGGAAUGGUUUCAGUUAUCAGACAUGCCGAUCGUACACCAAAGCAAAAAUUCAAAUACUCAUUCAGAUCCCCACUUUUCAUUUCAUUGCUUAAAGGUCAUAGAGAGGAGGUCAUCAUUAGAGCUGUUGCUGAUUUACAAGUUGUAUUAGAAACUGUCAAAAUUGCUGAAGAGAAGAAAUUAGAAGACUUGAAAAAGUUGAAACAAUUAAGAGGUGCGUUGGAAAAGAAGAUGAACUUCCCAGGAACUAAAAUUCAAUUAAAGCCAGCCCUUAAUAGUGAGAACCCUGAAAUUGUUGACAAGGUUCAAUUGAUUUUGAAAUGGGGUGGAGAACCUACUCAUUCUGCCAAGCAUCAAGCAACCGAUGUUGGUGAACAAUUGAGACAAUACAUCAAAUUGCUUAAUCGUGAUGCUUUGAAGGAUGUCAAGGUCUUCACUUCAUCUGAAAGAAGAGUAAUUGCUAGUGCAAGACUUUCCACUCAAGCUUUAUUAGGUUAUGAUGAAGAAAGUUUGCCUGAUGACUUCUUGAUUGUCAGAAAAGAUUUGUUGGACGACUCAAAUGCUGCCAAGGACUUGAUGGAUAAAGUGAAAAAGAAGUUGAAGCCUUUAUUGAGACAAGGUGCCGAAGCCCCUGCGCACUUCACUUGGCCUCCCAAAAUGCCCCAGCCUUUUGAAGUCAUCAAGCGUGUUUGCCAAUUGAUGAAUUUCCAUCGUCAAAUCAUGGAAUAUAACUUCAAGAAGAAGAACGUCCAAGAAUUCCAACAAAACUGGUGUUGUGGCGAAGACCCAUUCUUAUUCAGGGAAAGAUGGGAUAAAUUGUUCCUGGAAUUCCUCAGUGUUGAAAAAACCCAUCCUUCUAAGAUUUCAGAAUUGUAUGACACCAUGAAGUAUGAUGCCUUACAUAACAGGCACUUUUUGGAGAAGAUUUUUUCUUUCGAUCCAAAUGAUGAAGAACUCUUGAAGAUUUUGGGUGAAACUUGUGGCGAUACCAUCAACUCCUCGGGUUUGGUUAGCGAGUAUCCAAUUAACAUUUUGGCCAUGAACAACUUUAAGAUUCCUGACAACGCUUCUGCGCCAAUUAAUGUACCUACAAAUAACUCAAGUCCAACCUCAACACAGAGCAAUUCACAUAGUAAUCUUGCUAACAUUACUUCAUCAAGCACUCCAGCAUCUGCUGGUUCUUUGGGUUGGGUUUUGAAGGGUGCUACAUCAACAGUCAAGGAUUCUUCCAACAACAACGAUGCCAAUUCUAAGAAGUCUACUAACUCCAAGUCGCACGAGAAUCCGUUCGAUCACCCUACUUUUGCUAGAUUGAGAGAAUUAUACAGAUUAUCUAAGGUUUUGUUUGAUUUCAUCUGUCCUCAAGAAUAUGGUAUUAAGGACGAAGAAAAAUUGGAUAUCGGGUUAUUGACAUCGUUGCCCUUAGCAAAGCAGAUCUUGUCUGAUAUCCAAGAUAUGAAGAAACAUGAUACUGCUGCUGUGGUCAAUUACUUCACCAAGGAAUCGCAUAUCUACACAUUGUUGAAUGUGAUCUAUGGGUCUAAGUUCCCAAUGAAAAUCGCUAGGAAUGCCUUGCCUGAGUUGGACUACUUAUCCCAAAUUGUAUUUGAAUUGUACGAAGCCGGUGAUCCAACAAGCCCUAGUGGAAAGAAACACUCCAUUAGAUUGUCAUUAUCACCAGGUUGUCAUACCCAAGAUCCAUUAGAUGUUCAAUUGGAUGAUGACCAUUACAUUGGUUGUAUUCCAAGAAUUAGUUUAACAAGGCACUUGGACAUGGACCUUGUAACACAAAGAUUAAAGUCAAGAUUCUCCAGGGUAUCCUUACCUAAGAAAUUUACUCCAGUGAAUAUUUCUAGUCCUCUAGCAACAGGUUUGUAAGCGACAAGAUUGUCGAUUUUUAUCCUUCUGUCAUUACAUCAAACAAUACACGUUACCAAAUAAUACUUUAUAAGGUUUCAC